CAGUCCUAUCACAUAAAAUACAACUGAGAAAAUGAGCUGCAUUUUUCUUUUUUUCGCAGCACAAAGAACAUCCAGUCAAGGUUUCAAACAAUACGUUUAUCUUCAUACUAGCAUAUACCCUGACGCUCAGUAUGAUCGUGAACGACAGCAAGGUUCGCGAAAUAUCAUGUUGAUAGAAAACACGUUUUUAGGGUGGCUUAAGUAUAUACACGUAGGUUAUGCCACUCGAAAUUGCCUAUUCCUCUUCAUCGUCACACUCCAGCAUUCGCAGAGAGAAACAUACGACACCAAAAUCUAGAACGUGCAGUAGAAACCAUACUUCUAGGUAGUAUUACCAAAAAAAAUCCCCAAAGAGUACCUAACCGCACCUAAUCACCAGUCAAGAUGUCUGACGAGAACGCCACCCCUCUCCCUAACGAGGAGGCCGAAAAGAAGAGUCUCGACGCUUUUUGCAUAGCGGCGAUUGCAUUGGCCGUAAUUGUCUUGUUCUUCAUUUGUAUCCCUUGGUUGAUACCGAGAAUUCGCGAUUGUCACAUCCAACGCAAGAGAGCUAAAGAGGAAAUUAAGAGAUCUUGUGCGGAACGGCUCAGGAGUGACCUCGAGGCCAAUGCGCAAGCUUAUCGGGAAGAUCGCGAGCGGCCUGCUCAGCGACGACCAAGGCCCGUCGGUGGCGAUUUCUCAGGGUUUGAGUUUAGUAAUAGUCCUUACGCCGGAGCUGGAGUACCUCCUGCACCUGAUACACCUGCUGUGCCCGCCCCAGCUGCUACGCCUGCUGCUUCUGAGUCGGCUUAUCCAGCUGGGCAUGUACGGGAUAGUGUUGAUGGUCCUGCGAGAGGUACCUCAGAACAGCGAGACACUGAUGCCGAAGCGGCCCCUAGAACGGCAACAGAAGGAGUAAGAUGGUCGUUCCAUAACGGCAGAGAUGAGAAUGGGUUUGAGCUCGAGGAGAUCGAUAUCCAUAAAGACUAAGCAUAGGAAGCCAGACGUAGAGUAGGCGACCUUCUUAUUUCGGCAAGGUGAGUUAGUCUAUUUCGAAGCCGUGUCUCUGUAGACAUUAUAGAAAAAAACAAAACUUAGAAAAAGAAGGAGGGGGGCUAUUUCCCCCUGAGAGGCAAGUGUGUAAUAUCAUUUAAUCCAUAAAAGACCAAAUAUUAUCU